AUGGCAAACCUCCUCUCAGAUUGCAUUACUGCGAAUGGAAAAACUGUGGAAAACUAUGUGUUUCCUCCUGAAAGAAGACCACCUAUUUCUGGAAAAGCUGAUGUUCCCAUCAUUGAUCUUCAAGAAGAGAAUGCAUCGAAGCAUAUUAUGAAGGCUAUCCAAGAGUUUGGUUUAUUUCAGGUGAUAAAUCAUGGGGUUUCAAAAGACUUGAUUGAUGAAGCAUUGAAAGUGUUCAAAGAAGUAUUUGAGUUGCCACCAGAAGAAAAAUCAAAAAUAAACAUGGAGGAGGACUUAAAUCAGUUUUGCAGAAUAUACUCAAGCAGCUACAACUUUAACACCGAAAAGUUUCACUAUUGGAGGGAUGUUUUGAAGCACCAUUGUAGUCCUUUGGAGGAAUGCAUUAAGUUUUGGCCUCAAAAUCCUGAAAAUUACAAGGAGAUUGUAGGAGCAUAUGUUACAGAAUUGAAGGAUCUAGGUGCAAGGAUUUUAGAGUGCAUAUCAGAGGGAAUUGGGCUAGAAAAAGGGUACUUUGCAAGUGAGCUAAGCGCUGAUAAUAUCUUGACUGUUAAUCAUUACCCACCAUGCUCUAAUCCAAGUUUAACUCUUGGAUUAACUAAGCAUUCGGAUCCCAACCUUAUAACCAUUCUUCAAGCUGUGCCUCUUCACGUUCCCGGCCUUGAACUUUUCAAGGAUGGCCAAUGGUUGAGUGUUGAUACCGUCCCUGAUGCAUUUGUUAUCUUUGUUGGCAAUCAACUCGAGGUUGUAAGCAAUGGAGGGAUGAAAGCUGCAGUGCACAGAGUGAGCAAUGCCACUGAGGCGCGAACCAGUGCUGCCUUCUUCAUUAAUCCAUCAUAUGAAUGCAUGGUGGAGCCAGCGAAGGAGCUUGUUCAAGCAGAAAUCAAUCCUCCUCUCUUUAAAGCAUUUAAGUAUAGAGAUUUCUUUAAGGUUUACACAGGUCAUGAUGGGGAGAGACAUGCUAUACUUGAAGACUUUGGUUUUAUGAUUAAACCUUAA